GAUACCAGUAGGUCGAUGUUACCUACUACAUAUGCUCGAGCGCUACACACGUCGCGAAAUCCAUUCGUAAAGUCUUCGAGAAAAUUUUCUUCGAAUUUUCACGAUCGCAAUUUGUGACGAGAUAAAUAAUAAUUCGUUUCGGAUAAAUAACUGGCAAAAGUGGUUCUAAAGGCUGGUUGUAAAAAAUUUGCAAAAUCAAAUGAAAGUGUAUGACUUUGGUAGAUAAAAUAAAAUUGGAGGACUUGGUGAAUUAUUUUUGUUCAAUUAAUGCGCGACUGGUAUUUUUCAAAUUUCCUCAUCGUAGUGCUUUCUUUUUCAUAAAUUCAUCUCUAAUUGGUGCGGCUUGGUGUUAAUAAAUCAACGGUAAUUUUCGAACUCGAUGUACACCUGUUUGUUGGAUGCUGUAAACUAAUUGCCUGACAAUCAUCCUCACCAUCGCGGACCCCGUGGCGUGCGCCGCGCCGACCCUCUACGACCAUGUGCACCCUCCCGGAUCCUCCCCAGCCACCGGAGCGGGGUCUUCCACCGGGGUAGCCUGGUGGUCCAUGAUGAACGGCAUGAACGGCGGCAUCUACGAGGACAGUCCCCCGCCCGUGCCGCAAAGCGCCGCCACGCCGAUCAGCAACAGCGGCAUGACGAGCCCGACGACGGUGCCGCCUCCAGCGGCGACGACGUCGGCGACGUCGAGCUCGUCGCCGGCCAGCGUGACCAGCAACAGCGGCUCGGCGGGACCGCUCCAGGUUCCCGCCAAACGGCUGGCGUCCGGAGCGUACGGCGACUGCGGGGACGGCGUCAUAAGGCACGGGCACCAGCCUUGGACGACGUCCUAUUCGCCCACGGACGCCCAUCAGACGGCUUUCGAUCCACCGGUAGCUCUCAAUCAUCACCAGUACAAUUCGCCGACGUAUUACAAUCUCGCCGGAGAUCCAUCGGCUAAUAGAGAGAGGAAACCGUUGUUUUGGCCACCUGCCGUCACCGCGGGCACCGGAACGCCCGAGUACAAACCGUACAAUAGUGUGUCUGGCGGUCACGGAGCCGAUCCGGCCGUAUCGUCGUGUCAUCAGAGUUUCUCCGGAACUUCUUGGUGCAAUUACCCGCCGUAUUCCACGGCGUCCCGACACCAUGUGGACGCCCAUCAAGCCGUCCCUUAUUUACCUGCAGACGAUCGAGGGAGAGCCGCCGCCGCAGCCGCUAUGGUCGCGGAAACGGCCUCCUUCACCCACAGCCACGAGAGAGCGAGUUACGGCCUCGGCAAUUACGCACCCGAACCUGUUCCGUCGACGCCUUAUCCUCCUCCAGUUAUGUGGGGAUCAUCCCCAUCUCUUUUUGCUUCAGGUUCCCUGGGAUCCAUGGGAGUAACAGUUCCUUGUGGUGCGGGCACGAAUCCCUUAGAAUGGACAGGUCAGGUAACAGUUCGUAAAAAACGCAAACCCUACUCGAAAUACCAAACCUUGGAAUUAGAAAAAGAGUUCCUAUUCAACGCUUACGUGUCGAAGCAGAAGCGUUGGGAGUUGGCGCGAAAUUUGAAUUUGACCGAAAGGCAAGUGAAAAUUUGGUUCCAAAAUCGCCGGAUGAAGAAUAAAAAAAACUCCCAGAGGCAGCAGGCGCAGCAGCAGAACAACAACAAUUCGGCUACCAACAACCAGAACCACCAUGGUUCGCAUCACCAUCCACCGCACCAGGUGCACACGCCGCAUCAUAUUGUUAAUCAUCACGGCGUUUCGGCUAAUGGGACGUUGAAACAUCAUCAGUGACCAAUGCCGUUUUCUGGGGUUGUACUGGGUCACCAUCACGGGUUAGCCAAUUAAAUACUCUUUAGUUUCAUUUAUGUAAUAAGUGCUUGAAUGACUUUGUUCACUCGGGGCGUAUGGUAUUAACGAAUGAAUGCCGACCCUGAAAAAACAUUCUUUGCAGUGCCAAAGAGUAAAUUUAUAUUUGUUGAAUUUGUGAAUUUACUGAAAAAAUAAACUCUUUUUUUUAAUUUUCCGGUUAAUUGGGCUUGUGCAAAUAGAUCUAGUGCAAAGCACGGGAAUGAUCAACUACCCCUACGCAGGUAGUUUUUUACUUCAUUUUGAAAUGGUUAUUAUAAAAAACCUUUAAGACUUAUUUUGUAUAUACAUCGACUGUAAUUUUGUCAUUAGAUUGUAAUUCGUUGGUAUAUUAUGAUUACUGUAAUCAAUGUUGCCUGUAGUUCAAUGUAUAGUAAAUUAUUGCAGGUAUAGAAUUUUAAAGUAUAAGCAGCCAUAAUUUUUCCUGUGUUAAUUCUAAUUUUAUAUGAAAUCAGUCCUGGCUGUUUUAGUCAAUGUCGCAAUAUAUUUGUUUUAAUUCUGACAUUUUACCGAAACAAUUUUUAAUCGAAAAAUAAUAAUUUGAUAAAGCCUACCUGUUUCAAUUUUAAUUACGAUUUUACAAAUUGACUAAAAUGUUUUGUUAUUUAAUAUCUAUGUUUUUUUAGGUACAUAAGUGUGAUAAAAGAUUAUGAAAAGCGGAACGUACUAAGAAUUUUAAAAUUUUGUAGAAAAAAAGAAUACAUUUUUUCGUCAGUUAUUUUUUUGUUUAUGUUAAAUUCGUAUUAAAUUGUUUUAUACGAGGCGAGUUAAAUAAAUAAUGAACCACUUCUAAAUUUAAAGAAAAUUUAUUUUAUUGACUGUUCGAACGUUAAAAAAACAGAAAUAUAUUUUUAGAAAAAUAAUUCACGCACACUUUAUUUGAUUUUAAUCAGAUAGCAACAUUCCAAGGUUUUAAUUUUAACUCAUCCCGAAACACCAGUUGAAGAUUUAAGACUGAAUUUUUUUAAUCAGCGUUAGAACAAAUUUUUAGCGUUCCACCAGGAUUGAAAUAAAAGUUGAUGUAAAUAAUAACUUUUAGGUACCUGUAUAUCUGUGGCUUGUUGUAUACGGUUGAUGCAAAAUUUUAUUUUUCGUUAUAAUUUUUUCAGUUGACACUACUUUUCAGCUUGGUGUACUUGUUACUAAAACUAUUGUAAUAUACUUGAAAACGACUUCUCUAGAAAUCCGAAUUUUAUUGUAAAAUUAUCGCGAACUACUAUACCUACUAACCAGGUUUCGUCACGUGUCAGAUGUAUUUAUUGACUAGAAUGAAAGUAUAUAUAAAAAACAUCGAUUAUACUGAUGUACAUAAAUAUUUCAUUUUAAUUGAUUCCUCGAAGGUGGAUGAAUUUAUAUGCUUUAGAAAUUACAAAAUUUAAUGAAAUUUGCAAUUGAAUUUUGACAACGAUUUAUUAAGAAAACGGAAAAUAUCGAUGUUUCAAACAAAUUUUGAUAUCACAGUAUAAUGUAUUAAAAAAAUAAGUAUGGAUUAUUUUUCAAUUUAAAUAAAUUGAUACCCUUUGAGAUUAUAUAUUUUGUAUUUGCCUGUACUAUUUUUAUAUCCUUAAAUUAUUU